GUGAAAACCAAGCUUCAAGUUAUAAAAGAAAGAUGUUUCCAGAGUGGAAGUUUGAUAUUUUGGAUAAUUCAGUAGAUAUUGUAGCAAGUUUUAGAGUCAAUUUAAAAUACCUUGAACAAAUCAUUAACACAGAAAAACCCGUAACCAUGUCUACAAUUGUUUUUAUAAUAAUAGAUGAUCCAAAUUCACCAAACAUUAUAACAUUAAAAAAACAGUAUGAAACAAAUCCAUUCGUCAAAAUUCGAGAACACAAGACAAAUUUGGGAGCUA